UGACAAUUGGUUUGUAAACACAAUAACAACACGUCUGCAGACAAAACAAUCAGUGAUUUGUUGAGCCGUAAGACUAACCGCGCGGUCGGAGUGGACAGUGAGGCGGCAGAUAUGAGCGCCGACACCAAGAAGGAGGCGUCGGGGCCCACACGGGGGCGACUGAGGGACCUCCAGAAGCGCAGGUACACCGAGGAUGGCGAGGACGAGGAGGACCUGUUCUUCGCGGGCCGCGGCUUCGACGUGGACCAGAAGUUGGUGUCCGACCGCUUCGACCCCCAGAAGUACGAUGUGCUGCAGGAGAUGACCGGCGAUCAGCUCACCAUUCGCUACAUCCAAGACAAGGGCUUCGAGAAGCCUAUUAUCGUGAAGCAGAUGAAGGGGUUAGGCAUGAAAAUACCCGCCAAUACGUUCACAGUGUCGGACGUGAAGCAGUGCGUCGGCUCCCGGCGCCAGUUGGAUGUGAUGGACGUCCAGACGCAGCGCGACUACACGAUGUCGAUGAAGGAGUGGUGCGAGUACUACAACAACCCGCAAAGGGAUCGCCUCCUGAACGUCAUAUCACUGGAGUUCUCGCACACGAAGCUCGAGCAACACGUGGACUCGCCUUAA